GCUUCAUUCGAAACUGUACAUGACAUGUCACAAAUUUGACAGCGAAAGCAACGCGGUUUUGUAAAUAAACACACGUGCGUGCGGCCCGGACCCUAUCGCUACUCACGGAAAACCACGCGUGUUCUAUUUCGUUUCCAAUUUUCCCGUUUCCCACGCCGAAAAAGCCACAACAAACAUGAAGAAAGAUAAAAAACAAAAAGUGGCCGAGAAAAAUAAAGCCAAUGGCGCCACGGCUGCUGCAGCCGGUGCAGCAACGGAUGACGCUGUAAAUGGUGAGAAUGGUGUAGUCGAAUCUGAAAAGCUAACCCACCAGCUGGAUUUCAUGAAAACCCUCGAGGACGAUGCGGAGGUGGAGGACUUAUCCGAGGAGUCGGAAACGGAGAUCGAAUACCAACCGACCAAGCAGAAAAAUCAAAAGCUGACCGAUUUCGACGGUGGCUUCCAGUUUGUGUCGUCGGUGAAGGAGUACAACCACGACACCUGGGACGAUUUGAUGAAGUUUGUCAAGCGGAAGAACCGUGGCGAGGUGAACGACAAGAUUGCCAACGUCAUACGGGACCGUACGAAGGAGAAUGCGGACGCGCUGAAGGACGACGAUGAGGAGGAAGACGAGGAGGGCAAUCGGGCGUACAACGAGGAGGUGGAUCUGUCCGACGACGAGCUGAAGCACGAUUACAUGCGGGUGAAGGAGCGCAAGGGCAAAAAACUAACCGAAGCGGAAAACGGUGGCCCGACGGUCGAGGUGAAGGAGGACACGGAGGACGGGACGAAGGAGGACUACUUCGAGGAGAUAGAGGAAAAUGCGAACGGCGAGAUCCAAUCGUUCUACCAGAUGGAUCUGUCCCGGCCGCUCAUGAAAGCGAUCGGGGCGCUUGGCUACAUCUACCCUACCCCGAUCCAGGCAUCGACCAUACCAAUCGCGCUGAUGGGUCGGGACAUCUGUGGGUGUGCGGCCACCGGUACGGGCAAGACGGCAGCCUACAUGCUGCCCACGAUCGAGCGUCUGCUGUACAAACCGAACGUGGCGCAGGCGGUGACGCGCGUGCUGGUCCUGGUGCCGACCCGUGAACUGGGCGCGCAGGUGUACCAGGUAGCGAAACAGCUAACACAGUUUACCAACGUGGACGUCGGCAUUGCGAUCGGUGGGCUGGACGUGAAGGCGCAGGAAGCGGUGCUGCGCAAAAACCCGGACGUCGUGAUAGCGACGCCGGGUCGGCUGAUCGAUCACAUCAAGAAUACGCCGAGCUUUUCGCUGGAUUCCAUUGAGAUCCUGAUUCUCGACGAAGCUGACCGUAUGCUGGACGAGUACUUCGCGGAACAGAUGAAGGAAAUUAUACGCAGCUGCUCGGCCACGCGCCAAACGAUGCUGUUCUCGGCCACCAUGACGGAGGAGGUGAAAGAUUUGGCGGCCGUUUCGCUCAAGAAGCCGGUCAAAAUCUUCGUCAACAACAACCAGACGGUCGCGUUCAACCUGCGGCAGGAGUUUAUCCGCAUACGCGAGGGCCGGGAAGCGGACCGGGAAGCGAUACUGGCCGCGCUGGUGUGCCGUACCUUCCACGACCACUGCAUGGUGUUUGUGCAGACGAAGCGCACUGCCCACCGAUUGCGCAUACUGCUCGGGCUGCUCGGCGUCAAGACGGGCGAGCUGCACGGCGACCUGACCCAGGCGCAGCGGCUCGAGUCGCUGAAGGAGUUCAAGGACGAGCAGGUGGACAUACUGAUCGCGACCGACGUGGCGGCCCGCGGCCUGGACAUUAGCACCGUCAAGACGGUCAUCAACUUCGUCAUGCCGGCCACGCUGGAACACUACAUCCAUCGGGUCGGCCGUACCGCCCGUGCCGGGAAGGCGGGCGUGUCGGUGUCGCUGGCCGGCGAGCAGGAGCGCAAAAUCGUGAAGGAAAUCGUGAAGAACGCGGUCAGCUCGGUGAAGAACCGCAUCAUCCCGCUGGACAUUAUCGAGAAGUACCGGAACAAGGUGGCCGCCCUCGAGCCGGAAAUCGAUCGCGUGCUGGCGGAGGAGCGGGCGGAAAAGUUGCUGCGCCAGACGGAGCAGCAGCUGACCAGUGCCGAGCGGAAGUUGCUCGGUAACGCGGGCAAGGCGGCGAAACAGGACAUUCCGCCGCCGAGGGAGUGGUUCCAGACGCAGCACGAGCGGCGGGAGGAAAAGAACCGGCUGGCGGGUGAGGAGCAGGGCGAGAAAAAGAAGGCGGCCAAGAAGCGGAAGCGCCGCGAUGACGACGAUGAGGAAGAUUUCGACCCGGUACGGUACCACGAGGAGAAGAGGAAGCAGCAGAAAGCGGCUGCUGGUGGUGGUGCUGUUAAUAGCAAGAAGAAAUCUAAGACCGAUGCGAACGCGGACGCAAACAAGACAGCGAAACAGUUGGCACGCGAGCGAGCGCUCGAGGAGGUGCGCAAGGUGUCGAUGGUGCAGGCCAAGCUGGCCAAGAUACGCAACCGUCCGGGGCGCGUGAACGCAGCGGAAGAGGAGCAUGGCAACGGGCCGGCUGAUGGGCGUGCUGGUGGAAAGAGUAACAAGAAGCGCAGCAAGAACUUCUCGCGCUUCGAGCACGACCUGACCGAUGUGGGCAGCAAGAACGUGAAGAAGUUGCGAUACGAUGCGACCAAGAAGCAGCGCAUGGACAAGCUGGACAAGCGCAAGCAGAGCGGCAUGAAGAUGAGCACGGAAAAGCUACGCAACAAGCACGGGCUGAACAAGCAGACCAAGGGCAAAUCUUUCGGACAGAAAGCGCCGAGAAGGAAACCGACCGAUGGUGGUGGCGGCGGUGGCUUCAAAGGAAAGGGUGGAGGUGGUGGUGGCUUCAAAGGGAAAGGCGGUGGUGGUGGUGGUUUCAAAGGCAAACGGAAGUGAGUGUAGUAAAAGAAAGAUUAAUUGUAUCCUGUUCUAAUUUCGCUAAAUAUACACUGCUAAACAAAUAAUUAGCACAAAAAAAACAUACGUUUCCUUUUCUUUCCAAAUUUCCCCCCCUCUCUUAUUAGAAAUCCUUACACGCUUCGAGUUAAACCAUGCGUUAAAUUCUCAUAAGACCGUAUAUUUGACUUCAAACGGGAGAAUACAGUGUGUUUGUGUUCUUAGCGAUUAACUCUUACUCAACCUUUUUUUUUUGUUUCUUUAUACUCACAUAUUACAUCCUAUUACCUGAAUUGGAUUAUUUCGUAUCAGUGCGUAACGUUAAAGCACACCUCACACACUAACAACCGUGUGCACGCACUUUUCACCUGUCCCCUCCUACUGUAUUUGCUUGCUUGCUUGCUUGCUAUUUUGCGGAACGCACUGUGUGUUGUGUUCGCGCACUUUAAUCAAAUCAAACUACCUCUGUUUGACGCACCGAACCUCAGGACAAAGCAACCCGGUGGUGAAUUUUGAAUCACUUUCUUUAUCGGUAGUUAACCGGCGAAAUACAAACAAAGGGAAGUUGCCCAAAAAUACAAGAAAACACGAAUGCGCGCAAAACACGGUAAUUGGAUAGCUUUUUCAUUCUUUUUUGUUUACAACGAAUCAUACAUUUCUUAAAGCAAACAACCUCUUCCUACUUUGGGAAGGUUAGUUAGUAUUAGAGCAUUUAACGUUCUCCUUUUUUUCAAAUGCAAACACGCAACGCACGGUAUUAUAUCAUAGCAUAGGAGCGGUGUGUAAACGCCUAUCCCUGUGUUGGAGAGCGUUAAAAUCAAAUGAGUAACGUCUGUAACACUAACUGUGCUCCAGUGCGUAUGUUGAAGAGGGGAGGGGGAGAGGGUGAAGGUAAAGGGACGCUCAACCACGCUUAAACCGUUUUAGUUAGAAUAUAGCGAGAGCGUUUUAAUAGUAAUAUAUGUUUUGUGUUGCUUGCAAUAGGAGUUUUGUUUUACCUAGUCUAUUUCUUUAGACAAUAAUAACAUAGAACAUUACCAUCCUUACGUUUAAUGUGUAAUGUGUUUGUGUUUGUUCCUUCACCAAAGUUACACCUGCGUUGCGCAACGUUUUUGCGCGCCAACACGAGCGCAGCGCGCGCAGGAUAUAAAAA